AUAAAAACUGGACCCUUCCCAUCCAGACAAAAAGAUGAGCUGCGGCGGCGCGCUGAGCGCAGCAUCUAACUGAGCUCUUUGGAGACGCCAAAAAGGUUUACAUCCGACGCGCAAGAGCGCACCGACGCACACCUCCACCUGAGAACCGCUUCGCUGUCCAUUUUCAAGGUCAAGGAGCCAGGGACACCUCGGUCCAAUGAUGUCAUACCUGUGGAUUGUGUUAUUUUGCAGCCUGCUGGCUGGAGGCGCCUCGGCAGAAGAUGACGCAGUGGAUCCUUUACUCACGCCCGCUCCUGACAACGCAACACUACCAGAUGAUGUAGGAGCAGAGGUUAGCGCCGAAGAAGAGGAUGACAAAGAACCCACUCUACCAACAGAGGAUACACUUGAAGGUGACAUCGCUUCAAAUCCAGAUCAACCUUCAGCCAGUCCAGAGAUUGAUUUAACAGAAACAUCUGACGUGCCACUUUUUGUAAUUCCGGUUAAAGAUCCAAGUCCAUCAGACCUCCCAGAUACACACGAUGGUAUGCCAGGUACACUGAAUAUACCACUAUCAGCACUUCCGGAUACAGAUGAUGAUGUCACAGAUCCAUCUGAUGUGCCACAUUCAGCAAAUCCAGUUGAAGACCCAGUGCUAGUUCCAUUUGGAAUACCCCUGUCAGACCUCCCAGAUACAUACGAUGGUAUGCCAGGUACACUGAAUAUACCACUAUCAGCACUUCCGGAUACAGAUGAUGAUGUCACAGAUCCAUCUGAUGUGCCACAUUCAGCAAAUCCAGUUGAAGACCCAGUGCUAGUUCCAUUUGGAAUACCACUGUCAGACCUCCCAGAUACACACGAUGCAAAUCCAGUUGAAGACCCAGUGCUAGGUCCAUUUGGAAUACCACUGUCAGAACUCCCAGAUAGACACGAUGGCAUCGCCGGCCCAUUGAAUAUACCACAAUCAGCACUUCCAGAUGAAGAGCAUGAUGUCACACAUCCAGUCGAGAUCUACCCCAUAAAAAACCAGUUCUCACCACAGCCAGAGGAACCAGAUUUAGUUUCUGCUGUAGACAAUUCUCUACAGACGGAAAUGGGACAAACUGUUGGCGCUCCAGCACGUGUUGGGGCCGGACAGGGGUCAAGUCAGUCCAAAGGGACUCAGCCCGGCUCUUUAGCGGGUAUCGUGAUUGGUGUGGUUUUGGCUGUGAUGGGUGCCAUUGCUGUAUACGUCGCCUACCAGAGGAAGGCACUGUGCUUCAAAAACAGACAGGAAGCAGAUCCAGAAGCCGGCCGCAAAGCUGAUACCGCAGAGGCUCAGUUAGAACCACAGGUCCUCAGCAACCUGCUGAACUCCUCCCAGCAAUAAUCACAUGACCCGCCUGAAGCAACUGCAGUCAAACAGCGUGUGGAUCUCACUGUUGUGUGGAGCUGUGUUACUGUGAGGCCCCCGUACGGGGCAGUUUGUGUGCGCUAGUGUCGGACCACUUGUGCAUUUGUGUGAAUGUGUGGAUGCCAGUUUGAAUGUGUGCAUGCAGUUCCGAACGAGCGGCAUGAGGAAAACGACAAGGAGCAUAGGUGUGCUGUGAUUGUUACCACGUAGAAAUGCAUUAAAAUGUUCAGUCUGACUUUCUGUGUUAAACCAAAUCUAGUUUGAACAAUUUUU